GGCGCAGCGCGUUCGCAGGUUACAGGAAACUAGCGUGGAGCCGUGUACACGGAAAAGGGGGUGUGUGAGGAUACUGGCAGCGUUUCAUGCAGCUCCAGUGGACACCAAAGCGGGACUCGCUGGUGUGUGCGUGCGUGUGUGUGUGUAAAGAGAGCUAACACACACACUCUCACACACUUAACAUUUGGACACAACAUGGCGAUGAGGCGCCGAGAGACACGACGACUCUUCCCCGACUAACACGACCACGUUAUGUUCAUAGGUUGGGGAAGCGCGCGACAAGGAAAUAAUUACGUGAAAUUACGCGCAACUAAUUAAACCUGAAGAGAUCUUUCCCCCUCCGAAUUCCAUUAUAUGCAUGUAGCUGUAGCGGUCAUAUAAAGCACGCACUGCUUUACCCCCGCUGCUGGAAAUCAAACGCUGUACAUGGCGGUGGAGAAUAUCUGGUUCUUCUGUCUACUUUCUCUGGGUUACUGUGGAUUAUCCGUGCAAGAGAAGCCUGUAUCAGUGGAGCUGAGCUGCGGUGCUGGCCCGGUUCAUGUGGUUUUGGAGCCUGAUCAACCUCUGCUGCUGGACUGCCAUCUGGGGGCCAGUGAGCCCCCGCUCAACGUGACCUGGCUGCGGGAUGGAGUUGUCCUCUCUGAGAGCCAGACCAUCCGGCCUCUGCCCAACGGCUCCCUGCUUAUCUCGGCCUUCUCCGCGAAUGGCCCGGCUCCAGCGGGUGUGGAGGGCGGAUACAGAUGUCUGAGUAGCAGCUCCGCAGGGGCUCUGACCAGCCGGACCCUCAGCCUGCAUCUCGCCAGCUUGUCCCGUUUCCUUCAGGAUCCUGAGCCUCAGAUUGUGCCUGUAGGUGGCACAGCCCGCUUUGAGUGCUAUGUAGAUGGCUUGCCUACCCCGAGUAUUACCUGGGAGAAGGACCAGGCACCCCUACCUGCACCCACAGAGUCGCUAGAACCAUCCAGGUACAUAUCUCUUCCUAACGGAGUGCUGCAGAUUUUAGAGGUCUCCAAAGAAGAUGAAGGCUUGUACCGUUGUGUUGCCUUCAACUCUGCCCGCAAGCGAUUCAGCCAGGAUGCUUCUCUCACAGUCAGCCCAGGUCUGUCUCAGGAGAGUGAGGUGGUGAUUGUGGCUCCGCCACAGAACUCUACAGUAGUCAUGGGACGUCCAGCUGUUAUGGAGUGCAUGGCUCAGGGUGAACCCAAACCCUUUGUGUCAUGGAGCAGACAGGAUGGCAAGCCUAUAGCUACAGAUGUUGUUGUUCUUGCAACAAACCUGGUGAUUCCUGACACCCGCAGUCACCAUGCUGGAGUUUAUGUGUGCCGUGCCAACAAACCUAAAACCAGAGAUUUCGUCUCAUCUCCUGCUGAACUCCGAGUACUAGCUCCACCCAUCAUCCUCCAGUCCCCAGAGGCGGUGUCUCUGUCCCGCGGGAACACAGCCCGGUUUGUGUGUAAUAGUUCUGGUGACCCUCCUCCUGCUCUGCGCUGGCUGAAGAAUGGAGAGCCGGUGCAGUCCAAUGCCCGGGUGAAGACCCAGAACCCUGGUGUUCUGCUCAUCAACCAGCUGCGACUGGAUGAUGCUGGAUACUACCAGUGUAUUGCUGCCAACAGCCUGGGCACGGCCUGCGCCACUGCCAAGCUGUCUGUGAUCGUGAGAGAGGGUUUGCCCAGCCCUCCUCGUCAUGUUUCUGCCACGCCGCACUCCAGCACCUCUGCGCUGCUCACCUGGGACCCUCCGGAACACAACAGUGACCAGAUCAUUGGCUUCUCCGUUCACUACCAGCGCACGGCAGGCUCAGACAACAUGGAGUAUCAGUUUGCGGUGAAUAACGACACCACAGAGCUGCAUGUGAAAGAACUGCUCCCUCACACAGCCUACACGUUCUAUGUAGUAGCCUAUUCGCCCAUGGGUGCCAGUCGCCCGUCUCUGCCUGUCACUGUGGAGAUGCUGGAGGAUGUUCCCAGUGCUUCUCCGCAGCUGUCCUUGCUGAGCACGUCUCCCACUGAUAUCAGAGUGAUGUGGCUGCCUCUGUCCUCACAGCUAAGCCGCGGAGCCAUCACUCGCUACCGCAUCGAUUAUAGAGCACUGGAGCAGGUGGAUCACAUAUACUCUGUGGAAGUGGGUGGAAAUGAGACGCAGGUGACUCUUAGGGAUUUGAAACCAAAUCAAGCGUACCAGCUCCGGAUUUCUGCAGGAACACGGGCUGGUUUUAGUCAGUCUUCUGAGUGGGCUUCACACCACACACCAAACCUUACUCAGGUGCUCUUUGCUCCCACUGAGCUCAAAGUGAGAGCCAAAAUGCAUUCCCUCCAUGUCACAUGGCAGUCGCCGCCCAAUCACACGCAGAUCACCGGCUACAAGCUUUCCUGGCGGGAGGCGGACGGAGACGAGCUGACCAAUGAGGAGAAGCCUGUGAUCAGCGAGAGGAUUCAGCAGAUCAAGCUGAGGAAGAGAAUUAAACAUCACGAGGUCACGGGCCUUGCUCCUGAUCGUCUGUAUGAGGUGAGGGUUUGGGCAUUUAAUAAGCAGACUGAGGGUUAUCCUGCUGUCUGGAAGGGAAGGACGGAGAAGCUCACACGAGUGCGCACGACAGACUCUCUUCCACCACUUCCACCCAUCAGUGUCAGAGCUCGAGCGAACAGCUCCACCUCUAUCUGGCUCCGCUGGGAGAAGCCACACUUCAGCAAUGUGCGUAUCAUCAACUAUACAAUACGCUGCAGCCCUGCAGGCAUUCGCAACGCAUCGCUGGUCUCAUACUAUACCAGCUCUUCUCAGGAGAUUUUGCUGGGAUCACUAAAGCCUUUCACCAGCUAUGAAAUCGCUGUGCAGUCUAACGGAGCUGAUAUGAGCGGCCCUUUCAGCAGCACAGUGGAAGAGUCCACACUUCCAGACAGACCCUCCUCUCCUGUGGACAUGCAGUUAAGCGCUCUGGACUCGUUCUCAGUUCUGGUGAGCUGGCGCCCUCCGCUGGAGCCUAAUGGAGUUGUCCUGACCUACUGGAUUCUUUACACCCCCAACAUCAGCCAUCCAGAUUACCAGUGGACAAACCUCACACAUGAUGGUUACGUGACUAGUGCAGAGGUGCCGGGCCUGAUGAGCGGGACGCGUUAUUAUUUUAAGAUGGGGGCCUGCACUGAGGUGGGAGUGGGACCAUAUUCACCCGUGAAGGAUGUCUAUACACCUCCCAAAAAAUAUGAGCUGGAUAUUCAUGCUGUGACUGGUAUCAUAGUUGGAGUGUGUCUCGGUCUGCUCUGCAUCCUGCUCUGCAUGUGUAUCAGCUUCCGCAAUGGAAAAACACGGGAUGUUACUGGUGGGCUUGACUCAAGCUCUUUGAGUCCUCAGUACAGGAAGGGUAAUCGUCCAGUGCCUGCUGCUUCAGCUGCUGCUGCUGUGCCCGACUGCAGUGACUGCCAUGAGCUGGAGACCCUCAUGCCCUCCAGUGCUCAAGAGCCCAGCAGACCCCUCACAGAGCCCAGCGAGGAGCACAGUCUCAUGGGUAAUGUAGGAGCAGCUGAUGAUGGCCUUGCAGAACCCAAGCCAGCCUGGAAUGGAUCAGUUAGUCGCAACUGGGCCAACAGGAUCACUCGAUACAGAGAUACAAUAACUGAGGAUUCUUCUGCUCUUAUCAAUGGAGCUCUGGAGGGACCUCCUUCAGAAAACAAUAAGAGUGGACACGUGGAGAGGUUGUAUUCCCUCAGCAAGAACCAGGUGGAGGCUGAAGUCAUCGUGCAUUCACAGCUGUCCAACGCAACAGUUGACCAGGGGCCACAAAGCGACAUGGAGCUCUGUCUGGAGUCUCCAUCUUCCCAGCAGCCUUCUCCUGGAGAGAAGGCAACUCCAUCAAGCCCUCACAGUGAGGACAACCAUGAGACUCAAUCACCAUCCCCAACCCCCAGCACUCACAUCUCUGAAGUACUGUCCAAUCACAAUGGACCAUUCGAGAGUGGACCGAUCGGUGCCAAAAACCAAGGAGUGGGGCUUACGAAUGGCUUCCACUCAUCCAAACCCCUUCGGUCAAAGGCAGAGACCCUGGAGAACGGGGCCCACAGACUGUGUCCCACAGGAAAGGUCCUGCCUUCACCGGGUCUCCCCGCUUCCCCUUCAUCCUUCACCAGCUCUGGCCUUGUGCAUUCUACCUCAGGGGCGCACAGCUAUGUGUACCCCUAAGCUGGAGGGAAGAGAAAUGUAAUAAAAGUUGUUCUAGGACAACAGAGGAGGCCAACCAAGUGGCACCUUCCUGCUGGAGAAGUUGCCAUUUUUUUCUUGUAGCCACGCACGCCUCCUCUCUCGGCUGUUUUAUUGCAACCUUUUGGUUCCAUUAUUUUAUAUGUAUGUACAUAUAGAAUAUUUUUUUAGCACUAGUAUCCAUGGAUAUGCAUUUUAUGGCAUAUCAGUGGCACACUUUAAUCCCUCUUUGUGUGCAUGUAUUGAAUGUGCUGAAGUGGUUUAUAUGUUUACAUGCACACAUGAAGUCGGAGUGUUCUUACUCUGAGGUCGAAGGAUCCUAAAAUCAGCCCUGCAUACGGAAACGUAACUCAUUCAUGGGAUUGAUCUGAGAUCAGUGCUAAUGGUUGAAGAUCCAUUGUGUCAAAGAAGAUUGCCCUGCCACAAAGUACCACCUCCUGCUGUCUCAGGGUUGCCACACAUACACAAACACACACAAAUCUGUGCAUUUAAAAUGUUUAGUUUUUUUUUUCUCAACAAAACAAAACACAUUUUGAUGGGAUAGUUAACCCAGAAAGGAAAAUUUGCUGCUAAUUUCAGGCCAUCCAGGAUUUACAGUAAGAGCAAAGGCCUCUUUGCAUUAUGCUUUCACAUAUGGAUAAUGUGAAGUAUUCCUUUUGGAAACAGAAAUGUGUGCACAUCUAGGAUUCUUAAAGGCAGGUGCUCGAUCAAAAACACAGUGGCAAAAGUUUGAAAGAAAACUGGCACACUGCCACUUUAGCUUUCAAAAUGUUUUCAUGUAACAACAUUUGAACCUACAUGGUCUUCAUCAGGUUAAAAAAAAAACAUGUUACAAUAAAAAAGAAUUGAGAGCUAAAGUAUUCCUUUUGGCUCGCUGCUCUUCAAAAACAAUGAAAAUGCUAAACUAUGGCUCAGAGUGGCUGUAGCUCAUUAAGAGUGUUAAAUAGCCCUAUUUAGUCCCCAGUAAGGAUAAACAUAUAUCCUGUUUUUUCCCAGAAAAGUCCCUUAUUUUCCAGGACUAUUCCUCCUUUUAGCUCUACUGCGAGAAUGGUCUAGUGAAAGGUAGGCUAACCAGCUUGAGCCAAUAGCCUAGUGAUAAAGUGCGCUGACUUGUAGCACUGAGAUGCUCACAGCGACCAGAGUUUGAUUCCCAGCUUGAGGUCCUUUGUUGAUCCUUCUCCCCCCUCUCCUCCCCAAGUAUUCCUGUCUCAUCUCUGCUGUCCUAUUUAAUAAAGGCGAAAAACCACUAUAUAUAUAAAAGGUAUGCUAUCCAAGAUCAUCAUAGAACAAAAAAAUUUGAUUCAAACAAUAUCCGUUAUUAACGUGCAGUAUGAGAUCUCAGGAUAGGCGGAUUUAUGCAGAAUGGACUCAUAACUGAAGCGCUGUCUUGGCCACCGCAGCAUGGCAGCCUUUAACAUUUUAAAAGUUCAAAUAAAUUUUGUAUGCUUGUACAUCUACUUUAAUAAAAUAGAAAACAUUUAUAAUAAUCAAAUAUAAAUGAAGUGGAAAUUGUUUAUAUAAUAACAUAAAUUACCAAAUUAAUAAUAUUAAUAAAAUCGAAAAAAAGCUACUUUUGUGAGGCGAUAAAAUAAAUUGGGCACUUGAGUUUAUAUCUACAGCCCCAGGGCCCAAUAUGUUCCUAAUCUGGCUCUGCUUCUGACUUUCUACAAAUUUUGGUCUUGUGAGCAGCAGUUUACAGCAGGCUUGCAUGAUUUUUUAUUAAUUGUAUUUUUUAGCAUCAGAUACAUUUUCUUAUGUAACAGCCAACACGGAUAUUUCAAUGCCCAAAACUAUUUCUUUGAUUAUGAUAAAGUGGCAAAGCAAAUAUUCAUGGAAAGGUUUGCUUUCUAACUGGUUCAGUUAGAUUUAAUUCAUAACCUACUUUAUUUACCUGAGAUAGAUACUCCACACAAUGGACCUUUUGACAACUAACUAAUGGUGUUUAAAUGGUCAUUUUUGCAUAUGAUGAGCUUAGUUAGCCUACCUUUGAUUAAGCGGUCCUUGUGGAAGAGCAGAGAUACAGGAAUAAUUAACAGCAAGUUUUCAUUUUUGGCUGAACUAUCCACUUAAAGGGAUUGUGGUCCCACAAAUGAACAUUUUAUUACGCUCACCCUCAUGUCAUUCCAAACCUGUACAUAGACAACUUUUUUGAAAUCUUUCAUUUUAUGCAGGAAAAAAAUAACAGUAAUAGUAUAGAUUUGCAACGACUUGAGGGCAAGUCAACUUUCUCUUUAGCCUGAUGAGAUCAGUUCAUCUUCACAUAAAGUACAUGCAUGCAAACGCAAACCUGAAUACAAUACAAAUAAAAACACACAUUCCCUGACUGGAGCGCAGUGUCUCAGGAGUCUCAAAUUCAAGGUGCAUUUGUAUAUACAAGAUUGCUGUAUCAAAUUCAUGUAGAAAAAAACAACAAAAAUGACGAAAAAAAAAAAAAACACACCAAGAGUCCAUGUAGAUUUUCUAUCAUUGCAACUCUGGGUGUACUUGUAAAGACACAUCACACUGAUUCAUGCUCCAAGAUUUUCUCAGUCAACAGCACUACCUCAUUUCUUUACAGGAUUGUGUUUUUUUCUGUAUGAUUUUAUGAGAGUAAUUUAGAAGGCGAAUUCGUUUUUUAACGCCGUCUGAUUCAUAGCCUUUGGAUAAUAGCAGAAUCUACUGCCCUUCUCACUCUGUGUCUGUGUACUUGUGUAAGGGUUACUGAAGCCUUCUGGUUAUUAGCCUGUGUGCAAGCAUGUGGUCAUCCGCUUGUCUAGUUCUUUGGUAUUGGGGAAAAAAAAAAAAAAACUUGCAAUAUAUCCUUCAGAUGUGAAGGGAUAUAAACGCGAUGGAAGGCUAACCACAAGGUUUGUGUCCAUAUGAUCUACCUGUUGACAUGCCAGUCAUCUCUGUUCUCAGGAACUUCUAUGCAGGGAGUCUGAGAAGAACAUUUUCAGCCAAACUAGCAAAUAGCCUCCAUCUCUCAGACAGGUCUCGUCCCGUACUAUAUUCUUUGUCUUCUGGUUGUGCGCCUGUCACCAUCUAGGGUUCAUCCGAAACUGUAAAUAAACUGUCCUCCAUGCAAA